CGCAUCAGUGCAGCUCCUCAGAGAAGAUGGCACUGGCGGACACGCAGCGCGGAGUAUCCAACUGCGCCGAGUCGGGCUCUCCAUUUUCAGAGAUUAUUGAACUGAACGUCGGCGGACAGGUCUAUGUGACAAGACACACAACUUUGGUGGCCGUCCCGGAUUCUCUACUAUGGAACAUGUUCAGCAAGAAGUCUCCCAAAGAGUUGGCCAGAGACAGCAAAGGGCGCUUCUUCUUGGACAGGGAUGGCUUCUUGUUCCGCUAUAUUCUAGAUUACCUGCGGGACCUGAACUUGGUCCUCCCGGACUAUUUCCCCGAGAAAAGUCGACUACAGAGGGAAGCCGACUUUUUCCAGCUGCGGGACCUUGCCAAACGCCUGAGCCCCAGGGUGAGUAAGGACAAUUCCAUCAGCGAGGAGAUCUGCCAGAGUGACACCGAGGAGGGCGCGCUCCCAUGCGGCCUCGGCUCCUCCGGCGGCAUGGAGACUUUACGCACCCUGUCCGCGGCCGGCGGUGCAACGCGCUCCCCGUCUCUGGACUCCAGAAAGUCGGGCUACAUCACGAUAGGAUACCGCGGCUCAUACACCAUAGGAAGAGACAUCCAGACCGAUGCCAAAUUCAGGAGAGUGGCGCGCAUCACGGUGUGUGGGAAGACGUCCCUGGCCAAAGAAGUGUUUGGGGAAACACUGAAUGAGAGCAGGGACCCCGACCGGCCCCCGGAGAGGUACACGUCCAGAUACUACCUGAAGUAUAAUUUCCUAGAGCAGGCUUUUGACAAGCUGACAGAGGUGGGCUUUCACAUGGUGGCUUGCAGCUCCACAGGCACCUGCGCUUACACCAGCAAUGAUCCAAACGAGGACAAAAUUUGGACAAGCUACACUGAAUAUGUCUUCUGUCGGGAAUAACCGUUACCUGUGGUGUCUAUUGACCAUGCAUAUUGAUGUAAAUAGACAUUUCAUAAUGUUUUAGGAUGUCUUAAAUUGUAUAUUAUUUUUUUCUGUCCUGAAUUGCAGCGUUGGUCAGAGGCAAGUGGAUGACAAAUAUAAUAGUCGUGAGCCUUUACAUUUUUCCUUACUGCGAAACAUUAUGUUACCCCAUAUUAGCCUCUAAUAAGAAUAGCCAACCAAAUAAAUAGUUACUGCCACUUCCAUGGAGGAAAUGAUAGGCACUGAGGUUUACUCUGGACACUAAGUGCAUAAUAACAGACCCUACUUCUUACACACAGACACACACACACGCACACGCACGCGCAAUCUGACAGUCAAGUCGAGGGAAGAUUAUGCAACACACAUUUGAAUGUCCAAUAUGGGUCAAGGCUUGAAUUAACAACACUCAUUACAAGCGCCAAAAUUGCCUGGCAAUGAUAAUGCCAUCAUCUCAUUCUCAACUGCAUGUGUGUGUUUCAGUCACAUCUGACUCAGUAAUGUGUGAAGCGAACAGCGUUCAAGAACAGAAGACCACAGCAAUUAGUAUUCAGUGUCAUUGUAAACUCUAGGCUUGCUUGAAUACUGUUUGGCCACAUUUUUUUUGUAUUUUCUAAUAGGCUACUCCUAGCAGAUCCAUCACUCACAUGAUUGUAACAGUAUGUACCUGCUUUGUAGCACUGUAUUUGUUAACAUGUUCAUAUGAAAUAAAAUCUUCUACUCUGUUAUUCUCAA